AGAUUGCUCAAGUAUCAGUCUAGCAUCACAUCUUCAAGCAUCUUAACUAGCUCUCAAGCAAAUCCGCAAUCAACUACCAAAGAAAAUGAAUUUCUCAAAGCUUCUCAUCGUCUUCACAAUUCUUCUUGUUGCAUUCGCCGGUCAAAGUGAAUCACGCAGUUUAUGGAAGAAACUCUUCAAGCCAGUGGAGAGAGCAGGCCAAAGAAUUCGGGAUGCAACCAUCAAAGGUAUUGCUAUUGCCCAACAAGGAGCAAAUGUUUUGGCAACUCUUCGGGGUGGUCCAGCAAUUGCUCCCGGACAGGGAUAAGUUGAUCAUCAAGCGAAAAUCCAUUUGGGACUGGAUCGAUGGGCGGUGUUAAGUCGUCAUAAAAACCUGAUUAUAAUAAAGACUGUUAAAAAUUAUGUAAAUUUAGAAUGUACGAAUAUGUUUCUUGUCAUUUUAAAAUCUUUAUUUAUUUUAUUAAUAAGCAUGUAAAUAAAUUACAUUAAAAGAA